AUGGAAGUCCAAACGGAGCAGCCCGAUGGUAAUGCCCUGACUACUACCAGAGCGAUCCGUGACGCCCUAGCCGGCGAAUCCACAGAGCAGCUCGUGCCUAUCUGGCUGGACCCCAUGGUGGUGAACUCUUCGAACGCUAUUGGCUACUCUGGGGCUCAGGUUGUUACCGACAGUACUGGGACGAAAUACGUUACGGAAACUAUUGCUGUUGAUCCGAGACCAAGAAACCACAGCCAGCUUAGCAAGGAUGUGGAAAAGUUAGCAAGAGUGCUCAGGGAAUCCAAGGAUGUCCCAGGAGUCCUCACUUGCAAGGGAGUCAUCAGAGGGCAGGAAACGGACGGGGCCCCCGAAAAAUUCGAGUUCAUUUAUGAGAUGCCCCCCGCACUCGACAAUGCCCCCAAAUGCCUCAGAACUGUUCUCCUUAAAUCACCGCAAGAGCCACAUCCACUCGAGGAGCGUGUCCUUCUCGCCAAACAGGUUGCAAAGGCAGUCAUGUUCGUACAUAACCUCAACUUUGUCCACAAGAACAUGCGGCCCGAGACCAUCCUAGUCUUCCCCAAUCCGGGGAAGACGCUCGGCAUUCCAUUCAUCGUCGGUUUCCAGAUGUUCCGAGCUGCGGAUGGAUCUUCAUAUAUGGCCGGCGACGAGUCCUGGUCGAAGAACCUCUACCGCCACCCCAGCCGCCAGGGAAACUAUCCUGAUAAUAAGUAUAAGAUGCAGCACGACAUCUACAGCCUAGGCGUCAUUCUAUUGGAAAUCGGCCUGUGGACUCCUCUUGUAGGCCAGAUGGGGGAGCCGGGCGUGGAAUUUUCGCAAAUCGUGCCCUUACUCCAAGACCGCGAUCAAAGGAGGAAAGCUGCCCGGAUCAAGAAGGAGUUGGUCACCAUGGCUUACAACCACUUGCCCCCAAGGAUGGGAACCAAGUAUUCAGAGGUUGUGGUCUCUUGCCUGAUGUGUCUAGAGAGAGACCCCGAGUCGGGCAGUGAAAGUGAAUACCCGGAUGACGAUGGCACCUUGGUUCGUAUGAGAUACAUCCAACUAGUAAGCCCGGCCCUCUUUGUCGAUUUUAACGUCAAUCCCAAAGGCUAAUACUCGUAUUUUAUUGUUCGCAGAUUCUAAACAUGCUUGAAGAAAUUGACGUUUGAGGUGAGGAUUUAAUCGGAGGGGAAGCAGAGCCUUGGUGGAAUGGAGGGGUAGGAUUGGGAGGGUGAAUCGUUU